AUGACUACAUUAGUGCCAAUUACAUUAAAUAUUAAAACUGUAUUUGGUGUUCGUUCGUCAGUAGAAAAUGGUCUGUAUUUUCAGGAUGAUCACGUUAUUGUGUAUCCAGCGGGAAAUCAGUUGAUCAUUUCAAACGUCGAAACAAAAGGUCAAAAAAAUUUUUGUUGUCCAGAACUUGAAAAUUUAUUAUAUUUUAUUGUUCACGGUGGAGCUGCAAUUACUGCGAUAGUUGCCCAAGGAGAUAAAGAGAACAUUAUAGUUGCAUUUUAUGAUCUCCAUAUUGGUCGACGUAAACGUCUGUUCGAAAUUAGAAAUAGCAUUACUUCCAUUGUAUCUAUUGCAUUUUCACAUGAUGCUAAAUAUUUUGCUACACUUGAAUGUUUGAAUCGAGAAUACACGUUAUCAUUGUGGUUAUGGCAAAAGUCAAAAUUAAUAGCCAGCAUCAAAUUGGGUGCCGCUGAAGGAAUUACUUUAUUAGCGCAGAUAUUAUUUCAUCCAUCAGAUAACGAUGUUAUAUCAAUAAUCGGACGAAAAUAUUGUCGAUUAAUAAGACAAAUUGAUGGUAGUCUAAGAAUUCAACCGUCAUCAUCUAAAUUGGAAAAUUAUGAUUUUAUAUGUCACGCUUGGUAUGAUUCAAAUCGUAUAUUAGCUGGUACCAGAAAUGGACAUGUAUGUGUAUUAUUCAAUGGCGAUGUUCAAACAGAUAUUGACGUCGUUGAAGGUCGAGAACGUCCUGUGCCAACUCAACGUCUAUCAAUAACAACGCCAUCAUCACUGAAAAGUAAUCGUUCACAACAACAGCAAGAAAAGAUAGAUAUUCGUACAACAUUUGAAGAAGUGACAUCUCUUUCGAUUAUAACGAAAGGCUUCUUUUGUAUUGUUGGUGGGAAACGUUUGUAUCUUUAUUCAAAAAUUUCCGAUAGUUGGGAUUUUGCUAAAAAUCGAGAAUAUUGUAUUCACGAAGAAGUAGCAAUAAAAUCAACAUCAUCUACUCUAUUAUCGUUUACUGAAAAACAGCAUCAGCCGACAAUACAAAAAAUGAAAAAGAUUGCAAUUAGUUCAAAUGAAGAACAUAUUCUUGUUGUGACAGAUAAACAACAACUAUAUGCUGUUACGGACAUAUUGAUCGAUCAAAUUGACUCAAAAGAACCAACUGUCUUACAACUUCCAUUCGUAUCCUAUCAUCAAUCAGUAAUUCGAGGUUUAGAUGUAGCAGUUCAAAAACCAUUUUUAGUGUCCUGUGGUGAUGACCACAGUCUACGGUUAUGGAACUAUGAAACAAAUUCAAUUGAACAAAUGAGAACUUACAAUGAACCUAUAUACAGUGUUGCACUUCAUCCAAGUGGACAUCAAAUGGUUGUCGGUUUUGCAUCAAAAGUAGCGCUGAUGAAUAUUUUAAUUGACAGUUUUUCCAUAGUCAAAGAUUUUUCUAUUCAUGCAUCACACGAGAUUGUUUAUAGUACUGGUGGACACUUAGUAGCAGUAUCGGAUAGUAAUACAAUUCAAGUAAUAUCAUCAAUGCUUUUGAAAGCUGUUCACCGUUUGAAUCAUGGACAGACGAUAAAACAAAUGGUUUGGAGAAAAGAUGAUUCAGUUUUGUAUUCAUUGUCAUCGAAUUGUUUUGUCAUCUGGAAUAUUGAAACACAAACAAAAACAUCUGAAUUUAAACCAACUUAUAGACUCGAGUGUUUUGCAGUUGAUCGUGAAGAUAAAUGUGUUUAUUUAGCGUCGGAUGACUGCAAUAUUCGAGAAUUGAGAAAUGGACAAUUGUUAAGUGAAAUAACUCUACCAAACCAAGAUCAACCAACAGCAUUAAUAUCAAUGCCAAGUAACAUUUCAUUAAUAGCUGGUACUAUAAAAGGAUCAAUAUAUGUAAUCAAAGUACCAUUAACUCAAACUGGAAUUGUUUAUUAUCUGGCACAUUCAGCAAGAAUAACUAGGAUCGUUAUUGCGUUUCACGAAGCUUUAAUCGCAACGUCAUGCGAAGAUGGAAUGUUAUUUUUAUGGGAAGCAUCAACAAGAGAAGGAAAAAUACAGUCUACUAAAAAUGAAGAUUGGACAGCAGUUGUUUUAGAGCGAAAAGCAAGUUUUCUUGAAUUGACUCAUGAGAUUACAUCAUUACAAGAGCAGGAAGAAGCAUUGAAACGUAAUCAAGAAUUUCAGAUGAGACAACUGGAAAUUAAUUACACAGCUAAUUUACAACGUUUGACAGAAAAAUUUCAAGAUGAACAACGUCAUCAUGAAAAGCAGAUGGAGUUUCAGUCAGUUGAGCGCACUAAAGCAAACCGAGAAAAUCAACGAAUGAUUGAAGAUUUAACACAAAAACACGAAUACGAAAAACAACAACUAGAGGAUGAUGAUAAACAAAAACUCGCACGUGAAUUGCAUAAACAAGAAGAAUUGAUACGUUUAUCACAAAAAAUAUUAGAAGAUAAUGAAUUUCGUUUAAAAACUACCAUGGAAAGUGCCGAAAAUGAGCUGGCUGAUAUUGUUGAAUUUUAUACAGAAAAAAUUCGUAAUUCCGAAGAAGAAUUAAGAAUGUUACGUACUGCUGGGAACGAAAAACUUGAUAAUGAUGAACUUGAAAAGAAAAAUAUUGAAAUAGACGUUGAUUCGGAACAAAUUAAAUUGAAAUUAGAGUUUGAAAUGGAGAAAAAGCGUUUGAUGGAAAAUAAUUUGAAAUUACAAAAAGAAUUCAAAGAAGAUCUUGAACGUCAAGCUAAUGCAUUGAUGGCAAAACAAGCUGAACAAGAUGUCAAUGUUCAAGCUCAUAGAAAACGUAUACAAGAAAAUAUUAAUCGAGUUCAAGGUAUGAAUCAUGAAAUGUCAAGUUUAAGAAAUGAAAUUAAUGAACGAAAUCAAACAAUUAAAGAAAAGAUGACACGAAUGUAUGAUUUAGACCUUAAAAAUCAAGAAUUGGAAAAAUUUCAAUAUGUUUUACAAUAUAAAAUUGCUGAGUUAACACGACUAAUAAAUCCGAGAGAAAAAGAAAUAGAACGAAUGAGAAAUCAGUUAUUAGAGGUUAAUGUGUACAUUUUUUUAAAAUAGAAUGUUGAAUAUUAGAUGAUGAUAAUGAUAAAUUAAUCAAUGACGACAAAAUCGUUUACAUUCAAUAAUAAUGUGAAUGUAUUUUGACGAAAACAUGGUGGUUUUCUUUAAUCGCUUUUUUUAGUUAAUUCGCAGUCAAGUAUCAAAAACAGCUUAAUAAUAUUAUUCUGAGGAAAAUGAAACAUUUGUUUGAUCAUAAAACGUGAUAUCUUAACUAUUAUCCAUCCCAAAAUAUAAUGCAGUCGGUUGUUUUUAGAAUAACUCAAAAACAAUAAAAGAUAGAGAUAUGCGAUUUUCAGCAUAUCUCGAACGACGACAGUUUAAGCUAUACUUUUCCAAGUAAAAUCAUCUUUCGAAAACAUUCCGAUGAUCGGUUUUCUACAAGAUCUUUGGAAAAUCAGCUCGAGUUUCUAGAAACCAACAUAGUAAUCGAUCGAUCUUUUCCUGUAGAUAGAUAUUUCGAAGUGUCCUCUGCAAAAUAAGAUCUAGGCAAAUGUUUGGUUUUGCUUAGUUCGGGCGCCACGAACAUUUUCCUUGAAGCAUCCGGACUUCUCCGUCGUUAGGGUUCGAUCACCAGAAAUGCAUGAAAACACAGGUUGUUGACUAUGCUGAAUCUCGCGGCAACAUUUGUUUGUCAGAAAAUUUCAAAAACGUAGUGAAAACAUAUAUUAGGUGAAAUAUUCCAUUUUUGUCUAUUUUUGAGUAAAAUCAAAAAAUGUGUUACCCAGUCAAGAUCCAUCCAAAUUUUGUCAGAAUAUGAAAAUUUACUCUAUUAUACCUGCUCAAUACUAUGCAGCUCAACAAAAGCUUUUAAAAUCAACAGAAAAUACUUCGGUUUUUGAAAAGGUUUUC